UAACCCGGGGCGAGCCGUGCCGCGGGUGCCCCAUGCCCGGGACAGGCUCCUGCGGGAUCACAGGGGCGUUUAUCUCGCCCGAGAUCAGCCAAUAUUUGUGGCCACGUCAGGAGAACGAGCCCUUCCUCACUCCCCGCUCCUGUGAAGUCCAGCACUGUCCUGCUGCCGCGCUCUGCUCUCCUGGCCUCAGUGCUGCUGUCCCAGUUUGACUCGGGCUUAUCGGACAGCUGGAGGAACACUAUUUGCUGAGACCCCCAAGCUGUCACCUCCUGGCAACGGAGAUGACAGCCACGAUGGCUUUCCUGCUCCUGAGCCUUCUGAGGAUGGCGGCUCCCAAGGGAGUGUGGUGCCCGGCCUGUGGGCUGGCGGCCCUGGCCCCCACCACGCAGCGGGACGUGCUCAUCGCGCUGGCAAAGCAGAGCAUCCUCUCAAAGCUCCGCUUGCCAGACAGGCCCAAUAUCACUCAGCCUGUGUCCAGGGGGGCCCUGCUGACUGCUCUCCGCAGGAUGUAUGCGCAGCGCGUGGACAUGGCCGUCUCCCCAGGGGUGCCCCAUGAUGGCAGCAUCCCACACCUGCGUUCUGGGAUGGGUCUGCAGGAAUACGAGGUCUUGAGCUUUGCUGAGUCAGGAUCCUCCACCUCCCGCAGCAUUCGCCUCCAUUUCCACUUCACCCAGGAGCUGGCUGGGACCACAGAGAUCCUGCAAGCCACUCUCUACUUGUUCUGGGCAGUCCCUGGCCCCGGGACAUAUCCUGUCACCAUCAGACUCUUGCAGCCGGACCCGAUGGGGUUGAACAUGACUGUGGCCAGCGAGACACGUCUGGAGGUGCAGAGAACCGGCUGGGCCACGCUGGAUGUUGGCCGAGCUGUCCAGAGCCUCUUUAGCCAAGGGAGUCAGAGGCUCACUGUGGAGCUGGAGGUGGCAGAGGACUGGGGGUCUCCCCUCCUGGCUGGCCACAGUGAUUCCCACUGGCCAUUUGUGGCUGCCCAGGCCCGGGCCAGGAUGCCCCACCGGGUCCAGCGGCGUGGCAUUGAUUGCAGUGGAGACUCUCGGAUGUGCUGCCGCCAGGAAUUCUUUGUGGACUUCAAGGAGAUUGGCUGGGAGGACUGGAUCAUCCAGCCAGAGGGAUAUCACAUGAACUACUGUGCAGGGCUCUGCCCCAUGCACAUGGCUGGCAUCCCAGGCCUCGCCGCCUCCUUCCACACGGCUGUCCUCAACCUCAUCAAAGCCAACAAUGCAGAUGCAGCCAUGGAUUCCUGCUGCGUGCCCACGCAGCGUCGGCCCCUCUCCCUGCUCUACUAUGACCGGGACAGCAAUAUUGUCAAGACUGACAUCCCUGACAUGAUUGUCGAUGCCUGCGGUUGUACCUGACUGGCUGCCUGAGGAGGCAGGAGAGCAGGACCCGUGCUGUGCAGGGCUCCCCUCCUCCUGGCCCCUCUCUGGCACUGCAAGACCUGGCGAGCUGCUGAGAGAUGGGAAGCCUCACAAGGUGUUUUCUCCUCCUGAGGUUGAAGCAUCAAGGGUAAUGCUGAAUCUGCAAGUCCUCUCCUCCCUCACCUCCUACAUAGCUCUUUUCCCCCUUCAGAUCUGCCCAUGGAUUCCUCACUGCCCACGAGCCUCUGCCUCUGAGACCGGUUCCUGAUGAACACCAACCCUUCUACCUGCAGGAUUCUGCAGAGCGUAACUCCCCAGGCAGCUCAGGGCAGCCUCAGCUCACCCUGCUGCUGGUCCCAGACCACGGCCAUGGUGCAGUCCUCAGUGCUGCAACAUGAACAUGUGCUCUUCAGGUAACGGGUCCCAGCAGCAGCCACCUCUGGCUGCUGGGGGAGGUAGAAGCUGAAAAAUUG